CAAGCCCGGAUAAAGGAGGAGGGUAGAAAAUUAACUCGCCAAAAAACGCUAACCAGAAAAAGUAUUCUGUAUUAAUUGACUUUCAGUUAUGUUAAGAAUGUAAUAGGUAACAUUUUCCAUUGUUAAAUGGAAACCAAACACGAUUGAAUACGUUAUACUCAAUUAUUCGAAAUUACAAUCACUUUGUUCCAAUGGUUUUUUUCUUACUUUGUUCACAUUGUAGAAUGACGUUAAUCUAUUUCAUUUCAUGUCAUAUACACUCAUUGAUAGAAAUAAAUAGAUUGUCACUUUGUGUGUAACAUCCAUAAAACAAUUUAGUUCAUUAUUAACUAAGAAUAAUCUUAAUUAUAUUCAUACAAGUUCAAUUUUAUAGAUGAAAGUACAAUGAAGGUGAAUGAGAUGAUAACUUGAACAAGAACAAGAAACAUGUGUUGAUUAUCACUAACAGCACCUACUCCAUAUUAGAACAUAAUGAGCGAACUGAAUUGAUACAACGACUUUCCGGCCUUAUGUGAGCAAAUACUGUACAAGUUUAUCAUGUCUGAAUUAGUGGAUUAUUCUGAUUCUGAUAAAUCUGAAUCGGAUAUUUCAUUGAAUGAAUAUGAAACUUCAAUAAACUUAUCAAAUCCAGCUCAUUUACAAUCUUCACAAUCUGUUCAUAUCGCUGAAGAAGAUUUUUUCAAUCUGAAAGAUAUGAAUGAUGAAAGCAAUACUAAUUUUUGGACAUCCACAAUACAUGAUAAUGACUUAUUGCCAUGUAUAGUGCCAAUGAUCAACAAUGAUGACAAAGCAUUCUCAUUACAAAAAGACAAACAUUUAGAAGAGCAAAAUUUAUCACAUACCAUUGAUUCUACCAGUUCAUGGAAUCAUACUGAAAUAUUGAACAGUAAUAGCAACUUUCUUAUUUCCUAUGUUAUUGACUAUAAAGCGUCUAAUAUUGUUGAUACCAAUGAUAGUGUAAUCUAUCCUCGUCUUUCACUUCAAUGGCCAUAUCUUGCAUUAUGUGGACCGUUAUGCAAACAACCUAAUGAAACUAUUGAUAAACUAUCAUCACAUAUCUUAAUAUGGCGACUUCCAUAUCCUGAUAGUGGAAAAAAUUCACCUUCACUUAUUUGUGAUUAUAAAAUUCAUUUAGAUCAUAAACUGACUUCUACAUCACCAUCGUUAUCAUCAUCAUCAUCAUUCCUAUCACCAUAUUCACGACGAGAUUCUUAUUGUUGGACAAAAUUUCAUUCUUCUACAACAGAUUCACAAUGUUUACAAUUGAUAGCAGCUACUCAUAAAGGAUUAAUCGAAAUGUGGGAUAUUGAUCAAGGUAAAAAGAUUAGAGAUUUCAACGUAUCUUCACAAACUGGUCAAUUAUUACGUUGUGCAUCGUUACCAGUCGAGAACUUUUCUUCUUUUCUCUUAACUGGUGGUAUCAGUGGUAUUAUAAGUUUAUGGGACUUGCGUAUAUCAGCAUCCAAAGUACCUCAAUUGAAAUAUUCCCAUACAGAAUUAAAAGCUUCAAUAGCUGAUUUACUUUGGCUUAAUGAAAAUCAAUUUAGUUCAUGUUCAGAUACUGUUGAUCGAAAUAAUUGUGAACAUAAUAUUGCUGUAUGGGAUAUACGAUUUACUAAACCAAUAUCUCAUCAAUUAUAUCAAAUUCAAGCCCAUCCUCUUGGUAUAGCUUAUAAUCCAUCUGGCAAUUUAUUGGCUAGUGGUUCAUGGUCAUCUUCUGGUCCAGUUAUAUGGUCUACUGUUCACAAGAUUGAUUCAUCUUCUAUUUUAAUGACACCAAUGAAAAAGCUACCAGGAUUUCGAAGCUCACCAAAAUCUAUGGUAACUGAUGUCGCUUGGAUACCAAACCAGUAUGUUUCAAACGGACGUGACAGUAUAAUAGCUGUUCAAUCAAAUGGGACUAUUAUUGUAUAUAGCUCAAUAUAAGCAUAAUGUUUUAGAUAGAAUUUGUAAAUACAUAUACAAGUUUUGUAAAAUUCUUGCAGUUGGUUUUUUUUCUCGGGAAUCUGUAAAUCAAGAGUACAACAUCCAGUCACCAAAUUGUAAGUUCAAAUCCUUCGUCACCUAAUUUCAUCAUUGUAUCCAAGCGAUAUUAUUUGCUCUCAGACAAUAAGUACUUUCUAGCUGUAGUACAAAAGACUAUGUCUAUUUCAUGAACUCA